GAUGAAGGGUGCCUUGGAGAAGAACAUCCUAAGCGACUACGACACCCACUCAUACGAGAGUAUGCGGGCAUUAUGCGACCGCUUCAACCGCGCUAUCGACUCCGUUGUCGCCUUGAAAUGAAAUGGAAAACGCAAAGCAGCCGAAAAUAAUGUGAAUUUUACGCGAUGAUGUCCCUAACCGGCCUAAACAAUAUUAUAUGCAAAAUCAGAGAAUGAAUGUGGGGCAGUGAGGGAAAAAUAGCGGGGAGCGGGCGAGAUGUGAGAGGGCCAUGAGGGCCAAAAUGGCGUCAGACAACGAGGACGCAACAUAACGAUCGAUGGUUGUAGCCAUAGCAGACGGCGCACGAGAGAAAUCUAUUAUUAAACCAUGCAUUCUAUUCGUUACGACGAACAUAGAACUUGGUAACAAUAUCCAAAUAUAAACAGAAACGUCUUCGAUAGAAUUAGUUAUUCGGGUUGCUCCUUUCCUAAUUACGCAACAACCCUUUUAUAAGAAUGUAUCGCCUGGUUAAUCAUUAUCUAGUAAUUAAUUUCUAUAAACACCAUUUAGAGAUUAUAUACAAUUACAGCGGUUUUUUAUUGUGGAAUGGAUAAAAUAACAUAGCCAACGUAGUGAUAUUAGUUCGAAAAGUAGGAUCAAUACUAUAUUGUAUCGAAUAAUUCCAAAUUCGUUUUCGAUUUCCUAUGAUGUCAUUAGAACUGAUGACUACCUCGCAUACUUAACACGUUCGUUCGUUACCUUGAGUCCGCCGUGUAGGAAGCUUAGUACGUAUAACACGUAUCAAUUCCACUCAAGUACUAGUUAUAUUCAUCACAGUGUAACAAAAUUAUUACCGUGCAUCGUCUUACGGUGCUCACUUUAACUCGUGAAAGUCUUUGAAUCACAGUCAUCGACAUUACCCGAUCUUCAAGUUGAUUGACCUCUGUAGCGGACAUACGUCUCAACUCUCAACCAAAAGUUGCCUUCGUACAUUGUUUUAGGAGCAAUCUUAAAUUAUCAUAAAUAUUUAUUUAUUUCCGGCAAUCAUAACAUUUUUGAAUUUAUUUCCAAUGGGACUUAAAUUUUAACUUUGACCUCUAAUUAAAAUAUUACGGGAAAUAGUUGAAAUGGGGUCUAAUUUAAAAUGUAAUGAUUACCAAAUUAGGAUGUAUUUUCGAGAAGCUUUUAUUUUUAAUAAUAAAAUAACGCCGCCGCAGACUUGACGGAUCCCUGUUAGUAGAGUAUAUUACGUAAACUACAAUAAAACCGAGCUUGUUGAAUGCUAAGCUAUAAUAUUUUUUAAUAUAUAUAAACUAUAAAUCAGAUUCGUAUUAAUUUUAAUCACAAAGAAUUGUUAUUCAAAUGCGUAUCGAUUAAAAUUUUGGUGCGGGGUCGCAUAAGAGGGCAAUGACCGUAAUAUUGAGCGAAUGUCUCACGUAGUGUUUUUAACCUUAAGCUUGUAUAGAUAAAAUUAAUUUUAACUUUAUUUAUUCAAAUAAGUUAUAGUUAUUAUAUCAAGUAGUAUUUUGUUAUUAUAACAAGCUUAUUUAAAAGGCUCCCCCACGAAUGUAUAACAAAUAUUCUUUUAUUCGUUACAUGUUCAUUGGUACAUAGGUUAAGUAGUUCAUAUAGCUAUGAAUGAUUUGCGUAAUCAACGUAAACAAAGCAGGAGGCUAACGCAAACCUCGAGGCCACAACGCCCACAAGUACAGGUUUACAUGUCGGGUCUUUUGAGAAAGGUACUUCACUGCCUGCUCAGCGCCUAAACAAGUACCCGUCCAGAGCAUUGUUGAAACACAUACUGCAACAAACUUAUAACCAAGCCGUUGCUGACCCAGAAAAGUUAAACCAAUAUGAGCCUUUUUCGCCCGAGGUGUAUGGUGAGACCUCUUUCGAGCUAGUAUGUCAAAUGAUAGAUCAAAUAGAUAUCACAGCAGAAGAUGUGUUCGUGGACUUGGGUUCGGGCGUCGGGCAAGUUGUAUUGCAGAUGGCUGCUGCGACACCUUGCCGCAUCUGUUUUGGUGUCGAGAAAGCGGAAGUGCCUAGUAAAUAUGCAGAGAAUAUGGAUUCGAAUUUUAGAAUGUGGAUGAAAUGGUACGGAAAAAAGUAUGGGGAAUAUAAAUUAAUAAAAGGAGAUUUUUUAAUGGACGAACAUAGAGAAAAGAUAAAUUCGGCGACCAUAGUUUUUGUUAAUAAUUUUGCGUUCGGACCUCACGUCGACCACCAGUUAAAGGAGAGAUUCGCAGAUUUAAAAGACGGCGCCAAAAUCGUGUCUUCGAAGAGCUUUUGUCCACUUAACUUUAGGAUAACAGACAGAAACCUCAGCGAUAUCGGGACCAUCAUGCACGUUAGUGAAAUGUCGCCGCUGAAAGGAUCAGUCUCGUGGACUGGGAAGCCAGUAUCUUACUAUUUACAUAUAAUAGAUAGGACCAAAUUAGAGAGAUAUUUUCAAAGACUGAAAAAUCCGAAACUCAAGGUCAGCAAAAGGGGUAUACAAAAUGGGUGUGAAGAGGGAGAAAGCAGUAAGAGGAAUCUAAGUGCGCCUCCCACUAGGCAAUCGACGCCGGACUUGCUCAAUGGAAAUAGCAAUCACAGUACGGGGUCUUUGCCUGAGAGGAGAAGGAAAGUUGCGCGGCCUAGACCGAUUAGAGGUGAAAAUGGACGGACGCGUGCGCGCGCAGCAGUAGCAAAGCGUCGCCCGGCGAGACGCUCCAGUGAUGAAAGUGAUGAAGAGUCCAGCGGAACUGAUGAUGCCCCACCAGGGCCUGAGCCCGCGCCCAGGGAAUGGGGCGCUCCCUGGGCCUCCUCAUCUGAUUCUAAUCGUCGCGGGCGCAGCUCAAAGCGGAGUGCCAGUGCCGGUGGGGCUCGGAGACGCGCGGCCAGAGCCAAGCGACGCAGAGGUGCGAGGCCUAAUAUAGCAGGACUGGAUUUGUUGCAUUCCACCACGCUGGCUUCCACCAUACAUAAUGGCGCGGUGACGACAGCGCCACCUGGCUGCGUAGAGCAACGUUUAUCAGCAUUGGGAGUAUCCUUACAAUCGCCUGAACGAUUACAUUCAGAACUAGAGAUUCCACGUUCACCGCACACACCAUACAGUUUACAACUAUUGCUCGAUAUGUUUAGAGACCAGUAUUUAGCUUUUAUCACGCAAAUGAACACACCGCAAUACGCCCACGAUAUCAGACAGCAGAUUGAUAAGGAGAAGGAAAGAAACCAAAAAUUAAAAUCAAGAGCCUCUCAGUUAGAUAAACAAAUAAGUGUGCUAAUAAGUGACAGUGUGGCGCUUCUAAAGGCUAGGAUGAGUGAACUUGGUAUUCAUGCCAAUAAUACCGUGGACUUGUUGGCGAAAGCAAAGGAAAUCGUCGGGAGACAUAAGGAGCUUCAGAGUAAAGCUAGUAAAUUACAAGCACAGGUAUCAAAUAUAGAAGUGGAACAAGCAAUGCUUGUGAAACAAAGGACGUUUGAAAUAACUGAAAAAUAUCGGCAACUGGGUCACAUCCCGCCCGACGUCGAAAUAACUCAAAGCAUAGCGCACGACUGCAUAUUAAAGGAGAUAUCGGCGACUCUAGCGCAUAGGAAGAGACUUCACGCACAAGUUGGACAUCUUCAGAACGAAAUAAUUCAGAUGGAGAAAGCAAGUGAGCAACAGAAAGCAACACCGAGCGUUCCCGUUGCUACCGUUAAGCCUCAUACAGUCAAUUCUAAACCUAGAAAGUCUAGGGACCACAGAUCGAGGUCACAAGACUGGCCCGAUGUGCCUGAUGUAGGCAAGAUUGAAGAACAAAACCCAGAAAUUCUAGCUCAGAAAAUACUAGAGACAGGUCGACAGAUUGAAGCCGGCAAGAUCUCAAAACCUAACGUUAUAGUUAAUGGGUAUUUGAAGGAUCUAGAUAGACACGCGGAUCAUAGGCAAAAGUCGGCAGUCCAAAUCAAUCGCGCGCACGUACCGGCACGUCCGGGCGUGCCAUUGGCCCGUUCGCCUGUCAAGUCCCAGAAGCCGCUGAACGUGGUCGCCAAAGUCCAAGAAUCGCCGAAGGUCAUCAACUUCGAAGACCGUCUGAAGAGCAUCAUCACCUCUGUGCUUAAUGAAGACCAGGAACAGCGGAAGGCGUCAAGGCUUGAGCCCAGGCAACCCACCCCAAAUCACACGUUCAGCAAUGGUUACGUGAGACCAAACGUGCCCCAUCAGGGCUAUGUACGGCCGCAAACUGGAAACGCCGUCCAAGCUUACGCCCGCCCCAUUCGGGAUUUACGUGACCCUCGGGACUUACGCGACCCACGGGAAAUACGUGACCCAAGAGAAAUGCGUGACCCUAGGGAAUUGCGUGACCCACGGGAACUACGUGACCCAAGAGACUUGCGUGACCCACGUGAUAUGAGGGAUGUAAGGAGAGAGCGAUACGGGUAUGAACGCCGUGAGCCGAGGCCGUCGCAUGCGCAUCACGAGCCCAGACCGCCUGAUAUGAGGAAUCAUCACCCCGGACAGCCAGAUUAUACACAGGUGUCCCCAGCAAAACUAGCCCUCCGUCGUCACUUAUCACAAGAACGCGUGUCAGGUGGAGCUCGUACCAUCGGGGACCUGGUGAAUGGAGAGAUCGAGCGAACGCUGGAAAUCUCCAACCAGAGCAUCAUCAACGCAGCUGUGCAUAUGAGUGCCCGGUACCAUGAGCCGCCUCAAACACAAACGCAUCAGCCGUUAGAAGGUCUCGCAGCAUGUUUACAAGCGCGUGUCCUAGCGUCGGAGUACUGGCGGGGUCGCGCAGGCCAAAACCCCCCUGCACCAGGGGAGGCCGAAGACGCAUCAAGGCGAAACACUCCUACGCUUGACCCCCACUCAAAUACAUCCACGCCGUUGGUUGAUGAGAUGCCCGAUCGGCCCCCAGAAGGCGAGGGCGGUGAGGAAGUCGAGGAGAGCAAAUGGCAAGAUCGUAUCGCGUUCAGGUUUGACCAGAUCAUAUCGUUCGCGUCCACCGCUAUGGAGGACAAGCACCGGAGGUCGGACGAGGCGUGUAACACGUCGCCGGACUCGGGAAUAGGUCACGGCGAGGCCGCCCGCCCCACGGCUAACGAGCUGCCCGCCCAAGCCGUCCAGCCGACUGCCCCUCCUCCCACACCGACCGAUCCGGUGAUCACUGAGGUAAACGCCGAGAGCGCUCCCGGAGAAAGCAACGCGCCGAACGAAGCGCGUUCCCCUUCGCCGCCCACGCACCACUUCAAGAAACGGUUCUUCCGUCGGUCGCGGUGGGGUGCUUGGGGGGCGGCGGAGGGGGCUCCCUCCACGCCCCCUCCGGCGCUCGAAUGGGAGAGGCCGCCCAUGUGACGCUCGAGCAUCUAGCGCCCGAGACUUCGACCGCGCAUCGCCUCAUAGCCCCCUCUCAGGUGACGGAGUAGCCCCGUCACCGCUCUAGAGCCCGGGCGAUCCGGAUCACAUCGGAUUACCCCUCGGACAAUCAGCGCCAAUGUUCAAUUACGUUUUCUUGGAUAUGCCAGAAAACGCCGCUUGUACCGUGUCGUUUCUAACACAUUGAUUUACCAAAAAUAAUAUUUUUCAUUUUGCGUUGACGCAAAUUGAACUGCGGUGUGUAGCACUAGUGAAAACUCGCGUUAAACAGAUCGAUAUAAGAACACUGCCGCUCGGAAAGUCGCGUUUGCGAUAUGUUGAUUAACGAUUUUAUUUGUUAUUAUUUUCGAAUAUAUAUUGUAAUUAUGUAUAUUAUUGAGUUUAUUUUACGUUUAAGAAAUGUAAUUAUUUAGUGUUAGUUUAUAUCGUCGUAUUCCGGAACGUAGCGAACGAUCGCGCGGCGAAAUGUAUUUCAUGUGUUCAUUUAGCUCUUAGAAUUCGAAAUACACAAUUCGGUGACUGCUAACGGUUCGUUUUUACUCCGGUUUUGAUGGAUGUUUGUUGUUUUUCUUUUCGUUUUUGAUGUUACGGUGAGUUCUGAAUAAUGUGAAUCAUUUCUUUGAGGGUGUCUUAAAUUAGAUAAUUGUAUCGUUAACGUUGUAAAUACUACUGGUAGAAUACUAUAGGACGAAUAAGCGGUUAGAAUAAUUCGGUUAAAUAUAUUGUUCGCUUAAAUCAAGCUCCAGAUACUGCCGUUUAAGCCGCUGCCUUAUGGUACAUAAAAUCGUGAUAUUUUUAAAUAACAGGAACAAAGUCUAAUUAGACACGAAGCGAAAAUGAAUUUUAAAUCUUUUGUUGGAUUUUUUUUAUAAUUAAAUGUAUCCAUUACAUAUAUUCCAUCUUGUUCAUAAUUUAUUAUUUUUCGAAUAAGGACGCUCUUAAAUUUUUUAAAAGUAAUGUAUUAUAAAUAAAUUGAUAAAUUACAAGAUUGAAUAGAUGUAAUGGUUAUUAUAUUCAUACUUUUAAUUAGUCAAAAUUGCAGGCGCAAUGUCGUAAUCGUGCCAAAGUGUAUGUCUCUCGAGUUUUAUCACGUUGGAUAAAUCCUCGUUGUGAAUGAGUUACAGGCAUGUUUGUCACUGUUAUUUAGUAUUAUAGCAGUGAUUUUCACUGUUAUUGGCACGGUAUUGCAAUAGCCUUAUUAAUAGUUCCUCCAAUUCGAAUGCUAGGGACACUGCACACGUUCAAUUGUAUAUAGAGAUGCAUUUCUUUUAUCGUGAAAUGCAUUUUAGUCAAGUAGUUGUCGCUAGGAACAGGGUCGACGUCGUUCGAAAUAACGUUUUCAAGUUUUUAUAUUACAUGCAUGAUGUACCGAGUGUAAAUUGUUACUAUCGCUCAGAAGUAUCCGCCUUUUAGGUGUAAGGCUUACCUUUAUUAAGGUCAUGGAUUUCUUAGACAUUUUAUGUAAUAAUUCGAAAAUCAUGUAGUUAUAUUAUCUGUUAAAUUUAUGGGUUUCUAUUGUUUCAAUGUGUCUCUUUAUGAGACAUGGAAAUACGCACUUAAUGUCUUUUACGAUGGCGUUUAAACAAAAUUUAAUGUAAUGUAUUAAUAAUUUUAUCUAUAAAAUUGAUACGUUUGUUGUAAAUUGUUGCAAAGCUCAUUUAACGGGAUUUUACAUCAUAAUACAAGGAUCGUAUUAUGUUUUAAGGUUUGGUUUAUACUUAUUUGUUUCAUUGUAUUUAUUUACUAUCGAUUCGGAGAUAUAAAAUAUUUUAAAUACACUUAAUUAUUACCCUUUGUCAUUGCAACAGUUAUUUUAGGAAAGAUUUAUGAAGACUAAUUCAGGCUUAAUGAAAUCAAAAUAGAUAUAUACUUUAUAAAAAUGAUACAAUAGAAGACUUUGUAGAAGUUGAUAAUUUUUAAAGUGGACCAUUGUAUGGAAUGGGUAUACACCGUUGUCUUAUAUACAUUGAAUUUAAAUUGUCGUUCGCUAGUUUAGUAAUUGCAGUAAAAAUAGUGAUCAUUUUAGCAAGUGAUAUUUAAAUUAUAUAUUUAUCAUUCUCAUAAUGCACUUCACUAUCAUUAAGAUAAGGGUUUUGUCAUAAAUUGAUUGUGAAAGUGUUAAACGCUCUUGAAUAAAAAGGUGGAGAUUAAUGUAUAAAGAAAGAGUUAUUAAUAGUAUAAUGCUUGUUGUACAUUAAUGGCAAUAUAUACAAUAAUGUCAUUGGUGUAUCAUAAACAUUGGAGUGCACUGGCUUGAUUGUGCCUGAAACUCAACAAUGCCGCUCCAAACCUCAAAAUUACUUAUGUAUUCGUGUAAGAUACUUGUAAUGUAAGUAAAAUCGGUUCGGAAGUACCAUUAGUGUGGUAGCGUUAUAUUGGCGUUCAAUAUAGCUUGGCCCACGACUCGAAGAGUGAUUGCAUUAUUCAGUUUUGACUAACUUUUAUUUUAAUUGGGGAAAAUGAGCUAAUCAGUGUGACGUUAGUGUCUAAAAUAGUACAAAUGAGAAGACUUAUUGUCGUAAGACUCGGACUAUUCAUCAAUUGCAAAAGCUAGGUUUGAGAUGUAUCCCUGUGUACUAGUUUUAUUUUGUACUAAAAGUUAAAAUAAAUAAGUAAUUAAAA